UCUAAGCGAGUCACCACCUUCGAAGGACUGCGUCUGAGCUCUUCCUUCAUUUCCCACAAAAAUGGUGACCAAGUAUUUGACCUUAAGAACUCCUGCUAAAAUCCUCUUCCAACUUCUUCAACCUUCUGUUAAACAUUCUCGCUCAGUUUCUCAAUUCCCCAGAAGCAUCCAUUCAUUCGUUUCCCGAGAAUUUGAUGCGCGAAAAUUUCAGAACUCUCAUCCCGGAGAUUGCAGGGGCAUGGUCUGCGCUCCAAAUUACAAUCUCGAUGAAAUUGGCGCUGCUGCGCUCGCCCGUGAUAAUCGUGUUCCGGCUACUGUGAUAACAGGUUUUCUUGGUUCUGGAAAGACGACUCUCCUAAAUCAUAUUCUGACGGCCCAGCAUGGCAAGCGGAUAGCCGUCAUUGAAAACGAGUUUGGUGAGGUGGAUAUUGAUGGAUCAUUGGUUGCUAGUCAUUCUUCUGUGAGUGAAGACAUUGUCAUGGUUAAUAAUGGCUGCCUAUGCUGUACUGUGCGUGGGGAUCUAGUUAAAAUGCUGUUGGAACUGGCAAGAAAAAAACGAGAUCAAUUUGAUCAUAUUGUUAUAGAAACCACAGGUCUUGCUAAGCCAGCUCCUGUUAUUGAAACAUUUUGCGGUGAUGAACUGGUUUCUCAGCAUGUGAAACUGGAUGGAGUUGUGACUUUGGUUGACUCCAAACAUGCCAUGCAGCAUUUAAAUGAAGUGAAACCAAGGUUUGUGGUUAAUGAGGCAGUGGAACAAGUUGCAUAUGCAGACCGUAUUAUUUUGAACAAGAUAGAUUUAGUGACUGAGUCUGAAUUGGAGGUUUUGACCAAGAAAAUUAAGCAUAUCAACGGGAUGGCACAAAUUAAGCAAGCUAAAUUUGGAUCUGUUGAUGUGGACUUUGUUUUGGGUGUGGGAGGAUAUGAUCUUGAGAGAAUUGAAUCUGAGGUUCAUGGAGAUUGUUCAUCCUCUUCAAGUGAUCAUCAUGAGUCUGGGCACGAACACAAAGGACAUCAUCAUCAUGACCAUGAGCAUGAUUCUGCAGUCUCCAGUGUCAGUAUUGUUUCCGAAGGAACCCUUGAUCUUGAUGAGAAAUUUUAUAAAAUGACCUUCAAACCUAAGCUUGAUGAUUGGCUCGAGAGAUUGGUAGAAGAAAAAGGAGAGGAUCUAUACAGAAUGAAAGGGGUCUUGUCAGUGGAUGGCUCUGAUCAAAGAUAUGUAUUGCAGGGAGUGCAUUCCAUGAUGGAUGGGUGCCCAGGAAAAACGUGGGGACCUGAGGAGAAGAGGAUAAACAAGCUUGUGUUCAUAGGAAGGAAUCUGGAUGAAACUGCCCUGAGAAAAGGAUUCAAAGGUUGCCUUGUGUGAUAUUUAAGUAUUGUCUCACCGGUCAACUUUCAUAGAAACAUCAUAUGCCCUUUGGACGCGGUUUUAAACAUUGCCACCAUCUGUUUAGCACUACCGGACGGACAGUAUUUUUCUUCUUGCGCAUGAGACAGACAAUGUUGUUCGCUCUUCGAUUCUAUCGCUGGACAGGUGUUUCGGGGUAUCAUGUGCAUUCAAUCACGGUGCACCUACUCUCAAAGGUCCAUGCUAUUGUCAUUUCUUGCUGUACAUUGUCAUCUUGCUAGACAUUUUUACUAUUUCUUCUAAGUUGAAUUUGGUAUUAUUGACCCAAAAAGAAAAGAAGAAAAUUAUACUUGGAAUUUUUUUCAAAUUU